ACGAAUAUUCGCCUCGCGCCCCCUUCCCAGCCGCUUCUCUCCUCUCUCUCUCUCUCUCUCUCUCUCUCUCUCCGCCGCUUCUUCCACGCCUCAGGGGGACCCACCUAUCUCCGGCCACCGCCGCCCAUCCCGAGAUUCUCCCAACGCCCGCGCCCCAGAUCUCGCGACGCAACCGUCCGCAUCGAUGGGGAGCUCACCGGCGGCGGUGGGCACGGCGCUGGAGGACCUGCCGGAGGACGCACUGCUGUGCAUCCUCGCGCUGCUCGCGCCGCCCGACGCCGCCGCCGCCGCCUGCGCCUGCCGCCGCCUCGCCGCCGCCGCGUCCUCCCCGGCGCUCCCGCCCGCCCUCGCGCUCCGCCUCGGCCUCCUGCCGCCCUCCCCGGCGCGCCCGCUCCUCCCGGCCCCGCCCUCCCCCGCCGCCGCGCGUAGGCUCCUCCGCUCGCUCCACCGCCUCCGCCGCCUCCUCGGCCUCUGGCGCCGCCUCCCGCCCUCCUCCGGCUCCCCGCAGCCCCGCCCGCCCGCCCCGUCCCUCGCCGCGUUCGAGUGGGCCCCCGCGCGCGCCGCGCUCGCGGGCUCCCUCCUCGCCCCCUCCGCCGCGCGCGGCGGCGGCGGCGGGGUCGCCAGGUGCCCCUUCGUCACGCUCUGCAUCGCCGACUCCGGGGACACCGUGGCGGCGCUCGGGGGCGCGCCCGUCUGCGUCAACUUCGUCGGCAGCAACCACAUCGUGGUGGAGCCCGCGGCGGCGGGGGAGGACGACGAGAUCGAGGUGGUGAGCGGGUCCCCGCCGGAGGAGAUGUACGCGCACUUCGCCAACAGGAGGAGCCCCGGGUCCGGGAGGAGGAGGCGGGGAAAGCACGGGAGGAGAGGAGGAGGAGGUCUGAUGGAGGCCGAGCACUUCGUGAGGAUUGCGGAUGCGGAGCCGACAUGGGCGCGGCCGCUUCAGGGCCUCUGGAAGGUGGAAAUCUGAUUAGCAGAAGCUACUAUCUGUAGUCAUGGAAUCUAAUGGAAAUCUGAAUACACUGAUCAUUGCUUAUGACAUGUUCUGCAUCAAAUCAGGUGGUGAGGACAGGCUAAUCAGCCUCAAGAACCACCGGAUCUCUAUGUAUUUAACACAAAGGAAUCAAGGGAACAUGGUGAUCGUCAUCAAUCAUACCUUCGAAGCUCUUGUCCAGACUCCCCGUCCUCUUGAACAGCUGGUCGAAGUGAGGCCUGCAGUAGAGCACCCCCUCGAAGGAGUUGUAGUUCGCGAGCUGCAGCAAGAGAGAUCGCCACCCACGCACACCGGCAUAGGCGCAUAGCUUGCUCAACGGGUCUAGACGGCAAGCUGGCAUUUUUACUAAAAGAAAACAAAUAGAUCUCGACGACAAGGCCACCCCAGCAAACAUGGAAAAGUAAGCCUGCAUAGUCAGGAUCAGUUUUUUUCUUUUCUGAAGCAAAUCCCAGUCAGGUCAGAUUCUUCUGUUGCAACCUUCAGCCUUACUCAUUGACCAUGAUUUGCUCUUGUAAAGACAAGUACUGAUCCUGAUUAAGAUAGAUGUUGUUGGCACGUAAAUCUCCAUGUGUGUGGGUCCAGCUUGCUAAUUGCAUCUCGCAGCUCUUUCUGCAGAUAGCAUGCACGGGGGUGGUGCUGAUAAGCUUUUUCCUUCUCUUUUUUCUUGGUGGAGAGAACACAAAUGAUUGUGGUUUGAUGAAAGUGUGAGGCAGUGAGGCUGACAUCUUUGUUGCGUCUCUGGGCUGUACGUUGGUGUCGGCGCGGUGCCAGUGUGCGAAAAUGCAAAAUUAAUUGGGUCGGUGCAAUUUAUAUUGAUGAUUUAAUUCGGUGCAAAUGUAUGUCUGUUCUCCUCAGUUUAGAUAGGCUGUUUAUCUUU